UGUAAUCUUUUCAUGGCCAAAGGCAACCAUUCGGCUGUGACUGAGUUCAUCCUCUUGGGACUCACAGAUAACCCAGACCUUCAAGCCAUUCUCUUUAGUGUCUUCCUAGUGAUCUACUUAAUUAGCGUCCUGGGUAAUCUUGGUUUGAUUGUGCUAAUCCAAAUCAGUCCUCAGCUUCACACACCCAUGUAUUUUUUUCUCAACCAUCUGGCUUUUGUUGAUUUUUCUUUUACUUCAUCUGUCACACCAAACACCUUAGUGAACUUUUUGUAUGAAGUUAAAAGUAUAACUUUUUAUGGAUGUGCCACACAGGUAUGUUGUUUUAUCACAUUUGUAGUUUGUGAACUCUACUUGCUUUCCAUCAUGGCAUAUGAUCGGUAUGUUGCCAUCUGCAACCCUUUACUCUAUGUCGUUCUCGUGCCUAGGAAACUCUGUAUUCAACUGGUUGCUAGCACAUAUGUGUAUGCUUUUACUGUGGGUCUUGUACAGACAGUGAUGACAUUCCGUUUGUCUUUUUGUGACUCCAAUAUGGUCAACCACUUCUACUGUGACGAUGUCCCUUUGGUUGCUUUGGCCUGCUCUGACACUCAAGUCAAAGAGCUGAUGUUGUUAAUUAUUGCUGGGUUCAAUACACUUUUCUCUCUACUGAUUGUGUUAAUUUCCUAUGGCUUCAUUGUCUUAGCCAUCCUUAGGAUCCACUCUGUUGAAGGAAGACAGAAAGCCUUUUCCACCUGUGUGUCCCACCUGACCUCCAUCACAAUAUUUUAUGGGACCCUUAUUUUUAUGUACCUCCAGCCCAAGUCUACCCACUCCCUGAUCAGAGAUAAAUUUGCUUCAGUGUUUUAUGUAGUGGUGAUUCCCAUGCUAAACCCACUGAUCUAUAGCUUGAGAAACCAGGAGGUAAAAAAUGCACUGAAGGGAAUUACGGAAAAGUUGUGUUUGGCUGUCAGAUAAAUGAAGAACCACAGGGCAGGGAUCAUGAAACUUAAAGUUAUGUCUUGUCUAGUGUCACAGUGUUGAGAAAUGACAAAGCCAAAUAUAUUACUUCAAGUGUUCAUGUUCACUUUUCUGAGGUAUAGUUCUGUAGACUCAAGGUGAGUCUCAUCCACUGUUUAUUCCCAGUAUUUUCCCCAGGAAAUAUAUUUUGUAAAUUUUACUUGGUUGUUGAAAGAGGAGAGAGAGAGGGAAGGAGAAAGACACAGAGAAGAAGGGAGAGAGUUAGAGAAAGAAAGAGAAAUCCUUUUUGGCCAUGAUACCCUUCCUCAAUAGAGUGUUGGGAAAUACUUAUUUUAUAUGAAAUCCACGUAAUAUUGAGAUCAACAUCUGGUAUCUUAUAUUUCAAACCUUUUUGCGUAGAUAAUCUGGAAAACCAGCCAAAGUUUAAUAGCAGGAUUUUUGGGUUGGAACACUCUGGA